AUGGAUGAAAAUUCGUUUAACAACAACAAUAUAUUUCAAUGGGAAUUGUUUGUAUACAAAUGCUUGAAUAAUGAUCCACCAUUACCAAUAAUACAUAACAAAGAUGCAAUAAUUGGUCCAAAAUCAGCAAAUUUGAAAGAUAUUACUCUUGGGUAUAAACCAAUUAAAAACAAAGGAAGACGAACACCAAUUCAAACAGCAAUUAUCUCUAUGAAAUUGGCUUACCUUCUGCUCGAUGGACUAAAAGGUGUAAUUAUCUGGGUUAGCUCCGAUCCAUUAAUUCGAUCUGAUCAAGCAUGUAGAUAUUUAGUUGAUGAAGCUAAAGAUUAUUUAUUAUUACCACAAGAACGUUUGAAUAUGCAAGGAUCACGAACAAGACUAAGAAAACCUAUAAAAUCAGGAGAAGUUCUUUUUGCUGUUGGUGGAUGGUGUUCAGAUGAUGCCAUAGCAAGUGUUGAAAUGUUUGAUCCAACAACAACUGAAUGGAGAGCUGUAGCACCAAUGUCAAAACGACGAUGUGGUGUUGGAGUUGGAGUAUUAAAUAAUCUUUUAUAUGCAGUUGGUGGUCAUGAUGGUGUUAGUUAUUUGAACAGUGUUGAAAGAUUUGAUCCUCAAACAAAUCAAUGGAGUAAUGAUAUAGCACCAACAAGUUCAUGUCGAACAAGUGCUGGUGUUGCUGUACUUGAUGGUUGUCUUUUUGCUGUUGGUGGACAAGAUGGAAUUUCAUGUUUAAAUCUUGUUGAAAAAUAUGAUCCCUCAGUUCAACGAUGGUUUCGUGUUGCAUUAAUGGGUACAAAACGAUUAGGUGUAGCUGUAGCUGUUCUUGAUGGAUAUCUUUAUGCUAUUGGAGGAUCAGAUCGGCAAUCUCCACUUAGUACAGAUAUGAUCCAAAAGCCAAUAAAUGGUCAUCAGUGGCAUCAACUGCAUAUAAAAGAUUAUUUAUUAUUACCACAAGAACGUUUGAAUAUGCAAGGAUCACGAACAAGACUAAGAAAACCUAUAAAAUCAGGAGAAGUUCUUUUUGCUGUUGGUGGAUGGUGUUCAAGUGAUGCUAUAGCAAGUGUUGAAAUGUUUGAUUCAACAUCAAAUGAAUGGAGAGCUGUUGCAUCUAUGCCAAAACGAAGAUGUGGGCUCCCAUAUGUUCGACUGCGAUCAAACUGCGACGCAGUUACGCAUAACUGCGAUCGCACUGUGACCCGAGUUGGUGUAUUAAAUAAUCUUUUAUAUGCUAUUGGUGGACAUGAUGGUGUUAGUUAUUUGAACAGUGUUGAAAGAUUUGAUCCUCAAACAAAUCAAUGGAGUAAUGAUAUAGCACCAACAAGUUCAUGUCGAACAAGUGUUGGUGUUGCUGUACUUGAUGGUUGUCUAUUUGCUGUUGGUGGACAAGAUGGAAUUUCAUGUUUAAAUCUUGUUGAAAAAUAUGAUCCAUCAAUUCAACGAUGGCUUCGUGUUGCAUCAAUGGGUACAAAACGAUUAGGUGUAGCUGUAUCUGUUCUUGAUGGAUAUUUAUAUACUAUUGGAGGAUCAGAUGGACAAUCUCCUCUCAGUACAGUUGAAAGAUGUGAUCCAAAAGCCAAUAAAUGGUUAUCAGUGGCAUCAAUGAAUACACGGCGAAAACAUCUUGGUUGUGCUGUUUAUAAUGGAUAUAUAUAUGCGGUGGGUGGUCGAGAUGAUGCAACGGAAUUAUCAACAGCUGAAAGAUAUAAUCCAAAAUUGAAUCAAUGGUCACCAGUUGUUGCAAUGAAUUCAAGGCGAAGUGGAGUUGGUUUAGCUGUUGUUAAUAAUCAUUUAAUGGCUAUUGGUGGAUUUUAUGGAGCAGCGUAUUUAAAAAGUGUUGAAUUAUAUGAUAGUGAAUCUAAUAGUUGGAAAUUACAUGGUAGAAUGAAUUAUCGUCGAUUAGGUGGAGGUGUUGGUGUAAUUAAAAUUCAACAAUAUGAUUCAAUUUUAUAUGGAUCAAAUUCUACAUCAAAUAUUUUAUCAACAUCAUCAGAUGAUCUUAAAAAUCGUUCACUUUCAACAUAUGUUGAUUUAUGA